UGCGCGUGCACUGUGUGAUUGUUUUAUCAGGAAAAUGUGAUUUGCAGUUUGCAAUACAGGAUAGGACUUUGCCUGGUAAUGUUGUUUUCAUUAUAAGAAGCGAAAGAAUCGAAUGGUCGAAGGCGCUACUAGUCAGAAUGACUGAUCAAGAUACAAAUAAUAAUAAUACUCUUCCAUUACGGGAGAAUUUGGUCAAAACAGCAGUGCAAUUUCUACAAAAUCCUAAAGUAUUGUCGAGUCCGUUGAUGCAAAAACAGGAAUUUCUUAAAAGGAAGGGUCUCACAGAUGAAGAGAUUAAAACAGCUUUCAAACUAGCGGCCGUUGACAAUAUAACUGAUCGCAAUGUUCUUCAGAAUCAGAAUCCAUACACUACUGUGGAAAUACCACAGGGAUCUAUUCAACCAUAUCGUCAAAUGAGCACUUAUCAACCUUUUUUGCAGAAAGUCAAAGAAUUUUUUAAUGCAACUGCAUUAAUUGGCAUAACAGUGUACUGUGCAUAUUGGUUUUAUAAGAAAUUUCUAGAACCUCUUCUGUUUGGUCAAAAAAAGAAGAAGAGUAUAGAAGAUAGAGUAACCGAUUUAGAUAAAACCGUUCAAAGUUCCAUGAAAGAAGUGAAAGAUACUAUUUUGAAGGUAGAAGGAGAGGUGCAAAAAUUGACGCAGCAUCAAGCAUUGGAUCCAACUAUCCCGCAAUUGGUGCAAGAACUUAAACACGAUUUAUCUAGUCUAAAAGCUUUACUUUUAUCAAGGAAACAGUUUCCUACUGCUCCAGCAUCUAUACCAUCAUGGCAGUUGAGUUCAACAAAUGUAAGUCAAGAAAAAGCAACUGAACGAGAAGACGAUGCUGGAAGUGGAAGCAGUACUAACAAUUCGGACAGUUCUUUGGAAAUGAUUCGAGAAGAUCCACCCAAAGAAUAAAUUUAGGAAUUUUGAAUCUAUCAUCAUAAUUACUUCCAUAAUAAUAGUCUUCGAUAUACGAUAUAUUCGCCAUCAUAUAUUGAAGCAAAAGGAUUAUAGUUUCAAUUAUACAAGAUAUUAGAGAAAUGUUUCAUAUUAUUUUUAUGCAGGAUAUUAGAAAAGUUUCGAAUUAAUGUGGAUAUAAGCUCCCUUUUUAACACCGCGUGCGCUUGCGUAUGUUAAUAAAGGAAUUUAGAUCCAGAUUGAUUCAAAACUUUUUUAAUCUCUAUUAUGUGUGUGUGUGUGUGUGUGUAUGUAUGUGUGCGUGCGUGCUCGUGUGUGUGUAUACACGCACACACUAGCGGCGUAAUCCUGCGUUUUUGGUAUUCAAUUUUGUGAAUAUUUUACUAUAUAUAAAAAAACAAUGUUCGAUUGUAAAGAGCAACACUUCCAAGAUGUAUAACGAAAAUUAUCAAAAAACAUAUUCAUGUAUCGAUUAUGUCAUUUAUUAUAACAUAGCAAAUCAAUCGAAUAAAUAUAUUAAUUGGAUAUUUUCUUAUAAUUUUUAACAAAAUAUUUUUCUUGUACAAGACACUAAGUAGGCUGUUUUAAUAUAGUUAUUUUAAAAAAUUAGUUUGAUAUUUUACUAGUACAAGGACAAAAAAAGGAGAAAAAAAACAAAACUAGAAAUUUUGUAAUAUUUUGAAAAAUUUUUACAUGAGCAAAAGCAGUAUUUUCCAUUUUAUAAUUAUGUAAAUUAUUAAAAAAUUUUAAGAAAUAUAUGUAAGAAACGUAGUCCAUAUAAGCUUGGGAGAGUUGGGUUGGAUGUUUUGUGAAAAUAAAUUGUAGAUAAAAAAAGAUGUAACAAUUUUUUACAUCUUCACAAAAUAAACUUCUUAAUGUAUUGUAUUAUAGUUUAUAUGUAAAAAUGUUCAUAUUUUAAUCUAGAAUUAAAAACAUCAAAGACAGUUACAAUACAAAGUACUGUAUUUAAGAAUCUUGUAAAUUUUAUAUAUUGAUAAUGGAAUUGUGUAUCGUAUUAUAAACUGAGAAAUUGAUGUACUUUCACACAUAGUACCUGCCUGUGUCACAAUACAGACAGUGUUAUGUAUGUACAGAUAUAAUUUUAUUGAAUAAAUAAAUUAAAUAAUUAA